UCGGACACUACUACCACCGCUACCACUAUUAUCACCAGUACCACAUCUCCCCCAAUCAACCUCCAAAUAUCCCUAGAUUAAUCGCCACUCGCCUUAUCUAUUCACCAUGUCUCGAACUAAGGUCCUGCUCGUCGGAGCAGCUGGUGAAACCGGUGGUUCUAUUGCGAAUGGAUUGCUCGAACAGCCCAACUUUGAAGUCCAUGCUCUUGUUCGCCCUCGCUCGGCCCAGAAGCCUGCCAUCGUUGCCCUGCAAGAACGGGGUGUUCAGAUCCGCAAAGGUGAUCUCAAGGGUCCCGAGGAGUCGCUUGCCGAUGUUCUCACCGGAAUCGAUGUCGUCAUCAGUUGUGUCGGUCCUUCAGAACAACAGGAUCAGAUUCCUCUCGCCAAAGCUGCAAAGAAUGCCGGUGUACAGCGAUUUGUUCCCUGCGGUUUCAUCACAGUAGCUCCGCCUGGCGGUAUCAUGUGGCUGAGAGACGAGAAAGAGACGGUCUACAACCACAUCAAGCAGCUCAGACUACCCUACACCAUCAUCGAUGUCGGCUGGUGGUACCAAUUCUCUUACCCCCGCCUUGAGUCCGGUCGCAUCGAUUAUGCCAUGACUUCAGCUAAUAACGAGAUCGUCGCUGACGGAAACUCCCCCAUCGCUUUGACGGAUUUGCGGGAUAUCGGUCGCUAUGUCGCCAAGAUCAUCACCGAUGACCGGACAUUGAACAAAAUGGUAUUGGCGUACAACGAGGUCAAAACUCAGAACGAGAUUUACGAUCUAUUGGAGGAGAUUAGCGAGGAGAAGAUCCAACGGAACUAUAUCCCUGAAGAGACCAUCUACACCCGAGUGCUCGCAGCCCGCCAAUCUAGCGAAACCUACCCUUUCGACCCCAUCAAGUUCAUUCCCAGAUAUCUCGCCGAAUAUCAACUAUCCUGGGGUCUACGGGGUGACAACACGCCGGAAUAUGCCAAGUACCUGGGUUAUGUGACUUCCAAGGAACUGUACCCCGACUUCACGCCUACCGACUUCAGGGAAUACCUGGAAACCGUCGUACGGGGUGCGGCCAAGGGUGUGUAUACCGACCGCACCAUUUCCAAGGCUCAGCAACGCUUCUUCCCCCGAUCGGAGUCCAGCGACUCUCUCUAUACUCGGAUCUUCCCUCGUACUGAAUCGAGCGAUUCGCUGUACAUGUCUCGAUGAAAGGCGACCUCUGUCCCUUGUCAGGAAGAAACACGAGUCGGCGCUAGAUGCGCCUUCACCUUCGUGCUGCUUCGAUUAUGAUCGAGUGUACGGUUUCCUUAUCACAGUGGAUACCACAGCAUACGAUGGCAGCCCUUUCUCCCUUGUUGUUUCUCUUUGCUUUUGCCUUCUCAUGGGUCUUUUCUUGUUCCCGGGGGUUUUUAGACAGGCGUUCGUGUACCUAUUGAUGGCUUAUGACUGUCUCGAGUGGAUGAGUAUGAUUACGUCACCACCACCUUUAUAUACCAAUGUAC